UUAAGGGUUGAGGGUUAAACAUGCGCCUGGAAGAUGGCAAAUUCUACUUUGUCUCUCAAACAGGAGCAGUACCUGUCACUAUUUUUAUGAAAUUUUGAUUUGAAAGAUGACUGAAGUAAAGAAAGAUGAUAUCGUUAAAAUUUUACAUACAUACCCACUUUGCAGAAAAUGUGAUAUGUCAGAUGAAAUGAAACAAGAAGCAAUGGAGUUGUGCGUUACAGCGGCUGAAAAAUACGCGGACAAUUACGAAAGUGUUUCUCGUAUGAUCAAAGAGACGAUGGAUAAGAAGUUCGGUGCUUCAUGGCACACAGUUGUGGGCGAGGGCUAUGGAUUUGAAAUAACUUAUCAGCUGAAGCACUUACUAUACAUGUAUUGUGCUGGAAAUUUAGCAAUAUGCAUAUGGAAAUCAGCAUAGUUAAAUUUACAAAAACUGCAAUGUUUUAUCGAUGCACAAACGAACGUACAAAUUGUAUUGCAAUAGUUAAAAAAAAUAUUAACUUUACAUAAAACGAUUUAUGCUUGAAAUAGCAAAUUAAAAAAUUGUAUAAACAAAUGUAUUGAACCAACGUGACGAAUGUAUGUAUUUAGAGACUCAUAUUUUACAUUAAGCAUUGAAAUUUAUAUGCAAGUACAUUUAUAUAUAUUUAUAUACAUAUACUUUAAAUGCUCUCAUGAAUAAGAACAAAUAAGAAGAAAUUUAUAAUUUUUCUACUAACGGAAAAGUAUAUGUGUAUAUGGGAAAAGGAAAUAUUCAUUUACAUUAUAGAAAUUUUAUAAAAUAUUGAAUAUUUGUCUAAUAUAUUAAUUUUAUUUUUGUUAUAUAAUUAUUUUAUUUCUUUAUAAAAUAACAUGAUUAUUUUGUUAAUAUCUACUACAUAAUUUAAAUUGACUAUUAUGUAACUACUGUCAUAACUUAACUCAGGAACCAUGUUGCCAGAAGUUAUUUGAUAUGAACUAUACAAAAUGUAAAUUAUUGUGUACAGAUAAUGCUAUGUCAAAAUAUCAGUAUUGUUGCAUGUGCUUGUAUGCACAUCUGUAUGUAUUCCAUACGCAUAACAAUUUACACAUUUAUAAUAAAGACUUCUACACGCGCUGCUAAAUCAUACGUUCCAGGGGCUGGAAGUACAGCUUGUAAUUUUACAGUAUUGCUGGUAAGUGGUCCUAUAUGAGAAGAAAUUGCCGAAUGACAUGCGUAUCUAUAAAAUGUAGAAGCUUGUGGAGAAUAUAACUGCGAUUUUAUAUUUGGAAGAUGUGAUCCACUGAAAGAAAGAAUAAAAUAAUUAAAAUAUCUGUGAAAUUUGUGUUUAUAUAAUUUUGAAUAUAGUUUAGUGUGUGAUUUACCUGCUAGUACCUAUUGUAUUUACUUUAAUAUCGAUUUGUGACUCUAAAUGAUUCUGUAUGUACAUCAUUACUGGAACGAAACACAGACGG